AUGCAAGAAAUAUAAAGCUAUUGCUUCAUUGAUUUUAUUAAUUUCUGAUGUUUUCUUUGAUAUCUCGAAGAGACAACAUAAAAUAUCGAAUUAAACAGUUGUAUUCAAUUUCUAUUCUCUAAAUUGAAACUCGAACCGUACAUCGAAAUUCGUAUUGGCAGAGUAGUAUAUAUCUUGUAACUAUGCUUAAUUGUGACGUAGACUCAUUAUUCUCGGGAAAGCACUCGCGGCAAAUAGACAAGCGUGUAAUCUAUUAUUUGAUAUCUAGAGAAUAGAGAUAGGUAUCGUGUAUCCAACGUAGUGGUCCGAUUCGUGAGAAUCAAUCACUUUCUCUCGCAGGAUUAAAGAGCUUUCUCUGCUUUUAUCUUUUAUUCUAUGGGAAGUAGUUAAAGGUAAUAUAGAGGAAGAAUAAUAAUGUUUUUAAAUGGAAAUGGUCAUUCUACGUUUCUUUUUCUUUUUCUUUUUCUUUCUCUUUCGAGAUUUACGAGAUCAAAUUGAUCAACUGAUGCAUAAAAUAAAAGGAAAAAAUACAGUUUAUCAACUUUAUGUUAUCGGAAAGUCAGUUUUUCAUAUAACCAUAAAUUCGAUAACGAAAGAAAAUGAAAAAGAAUAAAAAAGAAAAAAAAGGAAAAAGAAAAAACAAUAGAGGAUACUUUUUGUUAGAAGACUUAUAUAAACACAUUGAUCCCCAUAAACAUAGGAAAUAAAGCAAUAUCCAUAAAUUCGAAACUCACUCUUUAAUAUUUACAUUAAUAAAAGAAAGAAUGCAAUAAAUAGUGUAAUAAACAAGAACAAAAAUAAUUUUUAAAAAAUAAUAAUAGAAAAAAAAAGGAAAGAAAAAAUAAAUUAUUCUCGUUUAAUAUACACCGUUAUUAGAUACUACUCUUUCAUUCGCGAGUGAUUCUCUCGAACGAUGCUUCUCUAUGAUACGAAAUGCACAGGGAAUAUCUCUAUUAUAUACUUGUACGGUCCGAGUAUAGUAUAUUUACACAUUGAGUUCAUGAAAUAAUCUCCUAUAUAUACACCUUUCAUCAUACAGGGUCGUAGUUUUCUCGCACGCUUCUCUCAUAGUGAGUAGAUCAAAAAUGAAGGACUUGUCUGAAAAGAGAGAAUAAAUAGGAAGCCAUAUAAUACAUGGAGAAGAGUUGAAUAGAAUUGAUAGUCUGCUGUCAUUCUGCAUCCGUUUGUUAACUCCGUUAGAAUAAUUCGCAUAGCAAUUCCAUUUCUACAAGGAGAGAGCAUGAUAUCCCUUUUUUCGUAAUGUUCAUCAACUCUUUUGUCAUGAAAGUGCAUCGUGAGUUAUUCAUUCUUUCAAAUUUAUUUUUCUUUUUUUCUUUCUCUCUCUCUCUCUCUCUCUCUCUCUCUCUCUCUCUCUCUCUCUCUCUCUCUCUCUCUCUCUUUCUCUCUCUCUCGUACUGUUUUAAUCUACUUUAUACGUAACGAAAGAGCUUUUCUUCUCUUUCUCGAUAUUAAUCAAUCAGUUGUGAUAUUUAUAAAAAGAAAAUAAUAUUAUUAUAUUACAAACGAAAAACUCACGAGAACGUUGCUAGUUUGCAUUAAAAACGCUUACCUACGUUGUGUUUUAUGCAUCCGAAUUAUUAGACUUGCACACAUACAUUGAUCGUCGUGAAAAAAAUUUUUUUUACAACGUCUGCAUAAUUUUGUUCUUUUAUAAUUGAUUUUGAUUAAAUAACAAUUAUUUAUGAUCGUUGAUCGAUAGAUUUUUUUCUCGACGAUCGAUCUGUCAAAAAGCAUAGCUAUAUCUAUUAAUUGUAAGAAUUUUCAAUGAAUUACUCAAUCAAAGUAAGUAUUGAAAUAAAAAUCUAAGCUACGACCCUGUACUCACACAUGUGUACACUCGAAACAUGAUUACUCCUUCAUUAACGAUAUCAAACUCGAGCUAAAAUAUUGCAAUUUGUAAAUGUAUCCCAUAAUGUGCUUUCUAUUUGGAGAAUGAAGCAUAAAAUAUCCAAUUACUAUCUCGUUAUUACAGUUUUAUUUUUUUAUUUUAUCUUUUAUAUUAUACUUUUAUCUACAUAUCUGAUCGAUAAGGAAUCGAUUUUGUUUACUUUUUAUAGUAUAAAAUUACUAUAUAAUAUAUAAAAAGAUUUCUCAUUACAAAAUUUCAUUACUUAAUUUCAAAGGAGCAAUUUCUUUUUUCUUUAAUACAAAGGAAAAAUCUAAUUAUGAAAAGUAUAUAAAACCGCAAUUUUUUUAUUUCCUCUGGAAAAUCCGUCACGGAAAAUUUUCUCUUAUAAAAAUUUCAUUCUAACAACAACAAUAACAACAACAACAACAACAACAACAACACCAUCAACAACAAGAACAAGAACAACAACAACAGCAUCGACAACACGCACAAGAAUAAACACUUUACAUGGGUGUGUUAAAAUUGAAGAAUGCAAAAGUAGUAGCAUCUUCGAUAAAGAUCUUUAGUUACGUUCUAUCUCUGUCUAACGUACUUGGAUUCUCAAUGUUUCCAUCUUUGUCUGUUUGCCUAUCUAUCUGUCUGUCCGUCUGUCUGUCUGUCUGUCUGUCUGUCUGUCUGUCUGUCUCUCUGUCCGCUCUCUGCCAGUCUGUCGUCUGUCUGUCUGUCUGUCUGUCUGUCUGUCUGUCUGUCUGUCUGUCUGUUUGCCUCUUAUCCAUCUGAUGCUCUGGCUAAACUAUCUACUUACUUGAUUCUCGCUCACUCUCUUCUUCUUACUUUAUAUCUAUCAAAAAAAAAAAAAAAUACUGACUUGACUCUGCAUCAAUUUUAGAAUUAGAAUUAAUCGCCGAUUUGUCUCGAUUUUGUCUCGAAAAAGCAAACGCUGUUUGUUUCUUUCCAUGAACGUAUCUCUUAGGUAUUGAUAUUAACAGUGAUAGACCGUAGGAACCUUGUCUUUUGUUGUAUGCAACAAUAUUUACUGAUAUCACAUCGUUUGUUAGGUUGUAUGUGACGACGUGUGUUCUUGUCUUGUUCUUUAAAAAAAAAAAAAAUGAUAUACAUAAGUUAAUAAUAACAAAAAAAAAUAGGCACAAGGAUUGCGAUUAUGCAUUUUGAAGAUCACGUUCGAUCGCAUCUUAUUAAACUAAUGCAUGCGUUCUUACGUUGAACAAACUCUCACAAGCUUUUCUUUUUAUAAAAUAGUAUGGGCCCGAGAACAUGCUUGAAAAUUUAUUAAAACCCGUUUGCGCCGUUUUUAAUUUAAUUAUCAAUAAUAUCAAAUUAACGACGCGUAAAUAAUGUUUCUUAUUUGUUCUAAUAUAAUAAGAUGGAUCAUCUUUCGAAAUCAUGUUUUCGAAAAAUUUAAGCCUAGACAAUUUAUCGUUUAAAGAAAAAAAUUAAAGUUACGAUAAAGAUUACCGUUUACAUGGGCAACUCUAACAGAACAGAUUUACGAUAUGAUCCGACGUGUUCUCGAGUAUUUUAUUACAGGUAUCAACGAUAUAUCUUCGUUUGUUGUAAGUUUUACGACUUUUCAAGACAAUAGAACGUGAGAUUGCUUCGUCUCAAAACACUCGUGAUUUAGCUUUCGUUUUUAUGAUAUAUGUGUGUAUCCUUUACGAUCCAUCAAAUUUCUUUUUUUGUUUCUUUGGCGGUCAAAUUUAAAAACGUUAAAUCACUUUUAUAGUAUCAUAUAAAGUUUAAAUAGAUGGUUAAUAAAUUUCGUAUAAGAAAGUGAAAAGAAGACGCAACAUUUACGUUUCUUCCUCAGAUAGAAAUUUCGUUGCUUUUUUUUUUAGCACUACUGGCCCGAUCUCUUAGAUCAGUGUCUUUCAGAUUAUUGAAGGAAUAUAUUUCAUGUGUCAUAAGAUUGAAUAAAUUAACGAAUGUUGGAUAUGCAAUUUGAAAAACACUGUCAUAGAUAGAGAUUGUUCUCUGUAGUUCACUUCAUAUAGAAAAAGAAAGAGAUAAAUAAAAAAAAAACAGCAGAAAUCUUUGACAUAAAAUAGCUUGGACAAGAGUUUUAGUCAAUCCAUUAGUCCGAGUUAGAUCGAUCGUCGUACGUUUAAAAGUUCUUGAUCGGCGAUCCGUCGUUAUUUGUUUUCUGUUCGCAGAACAAAGAGCAAUCAACGUUGGAUGAAAUUACGAACAACGGUACAGCUAUCAUCCGCAAUAUCAACGAUCCAAAAGAAGCCGCCAUUAAAACGAGAAGAUUCCUUCUUGAAGAGAUUUUCAACGCGUCAAAUACCAGAAAGUCAAGAGACGGUAGAUACCGGCGAAGGUGAAGGUGACGCGACUGACGAAAAAGAUUCGAGUGGACGACGAAGAAGACGACCUAGAAGGACACAGAAAGCACCAAAAACGGUGGUCAAUCCUGACGAAAAUUUUUAUUACUAUUGGCUGAUGUUACUCUCAUCUUGUGUCCUUUAUAAUCUUUGGACACUUAUCGUCAGACAAAGUUUACCAGAAUUACAAGCAUUGGCACCGGUUGCUUGGCUUGCCUGCGACGGCUUUACGGAUCUAGUAUUUUUCUUAGACGUUGCUGUACAAUUUCGUACAGGUUAUCUCGAACAAGGACUGAUGGUCUACAACAGCAAAAAAUUAGCUGGACAUUAUCUCAAAUCUAAAUGCUUUGUACUCGACCUGUUAGCACUAUUACCACUUGAUCUAUUACAGGUCAAUCUCGGUAGCAAUCCAAUGUUAAGGUUUCCAAGGUUCCUCAAGAUCUAUCGCGUGUAUAAUUAUUAUUACAUGGUCGAGUCACGUACAGUUUAUCCAAAUUUAUGGCGUGUACUCAAUCUCAUUCAUAUAUUAUUAAUACUCGCACAUUGGUUCGGCUGUUUCUACUAUCUCCUAAGCGAAGCCGAAGGAUUCCAAGGUGACUGGGUCUACCCAUACAGACCGGGUGAAUAUGCGACCUUGACCAGGAAAUACCUAGGAUCUCUCUAUUGGUCUACUCUAACUCUGACGACGAUCGGCGAUCUACCCACACCGGAAACCAACGCCGAGUAUGUCUUCACGAUAGUCAGCUACCUGAUCGGCGUCUUCAUAUUCGCAACGAUCGUCGGACAGGUUGGAAACGUGAUCACCAACAGGAACGCUAAUCGAUUGGAGUUCGAGAGACUGCUUGAUGGCGCGAAGACUUACAUGAGGCAUCACAAAGUGCCUGGUGGAAUGAAAAGGAGGGUUCUCAGGUGGUACGACUACAGCUGGUCACGUGGUAGGAUUCAAGGUGGUGGUGAUAUCAACACUGCUUUGGGUCUACUUCCUGAUAAACUCAAGACAGAACUCGCUUUACACGUCAAUCUUGCUGUACUUAAGAAGGUUACCAUUUUUCAGGAAUGUCAACCAGAAUUUUUGCACGACCUCGUAUUAAAAAUGAAAGCCUACAUCUUCACACCCGGUGACUCUAUAUGCCGUAAGGGUGAAGUAGCUAGAGAAAUGUUCAUAAUAGCAGACGGCAUACUCGAGGUAAUCAGCGAAACUGGAAGAGUUCUUACAACGAUGAAAGCUGGUGACUUUUUUGGUGAAAUUGGCAUACUCAAUCUCGACGGAUUAAAUAAACGAACAGCAGACGUCCGAUCGGUUGGGUAUUCCGAAUUAUUUAGUCUCUCACGCGAGGAUGUACUCGCAGCGAUGAAGGAUUAUCCAGAAGCUCAAGAAAUUUUACAAAAUCUUGGGAAAAAACGAUUGAUGGAAGCACAAAGAGUAGCACGUGCAUCUAGGCAACCAACAUCACCUGGACACGACUCGUCGGACAACAGUACCGGUAAAAGAAUCGUGGACAAGUUAAAAAGCGAUGUGAAAGGUUGGAAGAACGUUCUAAGAAAAAGUAGACGUAACACUAGACCAGAAGAGAGUCUAGAAUUGCAACCGUUGACAUCAAAAGCACCGUCCAGUUCAACGAAGAGACAACGACACAAGGUAGAAGGUGUACAAGAUACCGCAACAACAAACGCGAUACAAGAACCACCUGUGUCACCUCUGGGUGCUGGUCUACCUCUUCUCUCAAAGCUGAAAUUACUCAAGGAGAAAGAAGAGCAAGAAGAGAGAUGUAAUCUAAUGGAAACUCAAGUUCACGCGUCUGAACAACAGCUACCACCGGCUGAAGCACUUGUCCCAACUAAUCCUAAUUUAUCAUUCACACAAAGAGUACUCUUGUUAAAAGCUAAAAACGAGCAAGAGGCAAAAGCUCAAGCGGAAAAGGAAGCCGCGAUGAAAGAGCCUUUAUUACCAAAGAACACAACUGUAACGGAAAAUGUUCAGGAAGAUUCGAAGGAGACGCAACAAAAGGUUGUCGAUAAAAUGUCGAUUUCAAAAGUGUCGUCUUUGGUGGAGAAACGACAGUUACAAUCUACGAAUAAUGUUGCGAUACCACCGAUAAUUCCAAAAGCUUCACCCUCAAUCGCAUCAAUCGAAAAUACACCAACGACUAACGACGUUGUUGUCUCAAAUGGUACUACCAAUGCUAAGAAACCAUGGGCCAUGCUCAAAGAUGCUUCCUUAACUACUACUACAACAACAACUUUUUUGAUGUCGUCUUCGACUAUAAAGGACAAUUCACCUCAAAGAAGGUCACCAAUUAAAAGACCGCAAACGAAACAACAACAAAGUCUUGCUCAUCUCAGACAACAAACCAAAAUGUAUGCUUCCGUCGACGAUCUGUCGCCAGAAUAUUGCGGCCUACCGUUCGUUAAGAAGCUCAAGAUACUGAACGAAAGGCAAAAGCUUGCCGAACUAGAGAAAGCAGUAAGAAGUUCUAGUUUAGACUGCGGUGAAAAUUCUGAUUUCACUACUUUCGAUGGAAGUCUCACUCGUAGCCAUUCUGAAGCCUGUGCGAUUGAAUACGCGAGGAAACUUGCUAAACUCAAUCAAAUACGGGGUCUAAAGAGUCCAUCUUCACCAGCGGAACAAUUAUCACCAGAAAACGAGACACUCGAAAGGCGAGACUUAAAGAGCAUCUUGAAGAAACUCUCAGCGAGUAGUAGAACAGGUAGCUCGGAUACUUCAGCAACGAGUAUACCUGAUCGUGAAGCUGCUACUGCCGAGUUAAGACGAUUAAUGAGAGCACCAACGAUCGAGGGUUAUGCUGCUAGGCAUACGAAAUUGUCGAAAAGUGUAACCUUCAAUAAAUAUACAUUACAAAGUCCACCGUCCGAGCAGAGCUCAGGAAAUUAUCCUCUCGGCGAUCAGUUGUCUGAAUCUCAAGAACAGACCUCGCUGCCACCGCCCAAUAAAAUUACUUUCCGUCCUCUGGGCAGUGGGGCUAUUCUGCAAAUGGAGACUAGGCAACGAGAAGAGGAAUAUCUUGGAGAAUUCGUAUCGAGUAUCAAAAAAAUUAUACAAGCACGUUUAGAGGAAAUUCAAAAUAAAUUCGAACGGGAAUUCGUCUCCUUGGAAUUAGAGAUUCGUAAACGAGAUGAAAUCAUUUCACAACUUCAAGGAAGGAUACAAGAAUUGGAAGAAAAUGAAAGAAGAAAAGGUGACGAAGCAAUAGUUGUUACUGGCGAUGACAGUACAGAACACGACGCUUCCCUCGAGGAAGAUUUAGACGAUGAUAACGAGGAAGAGGAUGACGACGAUAGGGAAGAUCAUCCUUUUAUGAGAGAUGGCUCGGUGGAUACUGUUUUAACAGCUCGUUCACGUGCUUAUGGACGACCUUCGCCAACGAGCGAAUCUUCGCACAACAGAAGAUCCUGGGAAGAACAUUCUGAGGAGGAAACUUUAGAAUUACAGGAAUUACCAAGAUCGAUAGUUCCACAAAGUUUGUGGAGAGACGAAGUUGCAAUAGAUUUGGAAUCUAACAGCGAAAGUAGCAAAUCCGAAGAUGAUGAGGGUGGUUGUCGAGAAGGUAGCGAUAGCGACGACGAAGAUACCAAAAGUGAAUGUGCCAAGGAUUGGGAAGCUACGAUGCUUGCUAAAGAGCUCGAGGCGAGACAGAGAAGUAGCGAAAAUGCUAGCCCAGGUUCCUAGCGCAUUAACGAGGUCCUAGAAGUAUUCUGUUAUUUAACGAAUACAAUGCGCACCGACGAUUGGAGAAGUGCAGCAGCUGGUAGUGCAACUUUCUGUGAAAACGAUUGUCCUUACUUGCAGUUAGACUUUGAUAGUUUGACUAGUCGUAGCGAGACUAUGAUGUAGCUCUCCUUGAUCGAGUUCAAGAUUGAAAAUAAUUCGCAUGUGAAACGAAAGAGAAAGAAACAGACAGACAGAGAGAGAGAGAGAGAGAGAGAGAGAGAGAGAGAGAGAGAGAGAGAGAGGAGAAUUGCAGAAUAGUCGCUCGUUUUCUACAGAAAGGAUUCUAAUUUCUAAUGCGAAUCCAAAUGUACGUACAACUUUCGUGAACACACAAUGCCUUUUUCUUUUCUAUUUUCGAAUUCUGAAUUUAAAAAUGUUUACUUAUACAUGCUCUCUUUUUUUUCUUUUUUCUUCCUCUUCUUUUUCUUUGUUUUUUAAAUGAUCGUAAAAUGUCUCUUCUUUUUUUCUAUUUUGACUAAAGACUCGUUUUAAAAUCCUUCUCUUGCAAAUACAAAUAGUCACUUUCAAAUAUAUUACACGUAGCGAUUAUCGAAUGAUCAAACAAAAUUAUUGUCGGCUAAGAGUUACUUCAAAUCGUCACUCGUCAUUUCGACAAUUCUUUAAAAUAUUCGUCGCGUCGACUUCAUUGUCCUAUUAAUCCAUUAUUAUUAAUGUUAGUUUUAAAAAAAUAUUUUUAUUUUAUUUGAAAAAUAUACUUUCUCGCAUCUUUACAUUUGAGAAGAUAUUCGACAAUGUUUCCCAUGUUUAUCGAAUGAAACAAAAGCUAUCGGGUAAAUUUAUAAUUAUUAUUGUUUAAAUAUUUUUAUAGUAUCUUAAAUUUUAAUCAUCGAUACGAUUUAUUAAAUUAUAGUAAAAUAUACAAUAAAGUUACGAUGAAUUAUCUCAUAUAAAGAUAUUUAAAAAAAAAAAAAAGAAAAAAAAAGAAAAAAAUACAAAUUACAUAUAAAGUUUUGAAGAUACUUAUGUCAAUUUUUACGUUUAUAUAAUGCCAAAUGAUUUGUUUAUAUCUUUUGUUCUCGUUCACGAUUAACUUUUUAAAAGCUGCACCACAAAUGAAUAGACGUGUUUGAUAAAUACGAUGCAAAGUUUCAAAUGAUUUUAAAAAACACGCGUUUAUGUGUAUCCAUAAUAUAUACACAUUAUACGUGAUUCAAAAGCAAAAUGACAAAUAUAUUAAGUAUAUCAACCAGACCAAGCUCAAUAUUUCUAGAUUCUUUACAAAAUACAUCUCUAUUAAGUGACAAAGGACUAUUAAGUAAGAGAAAGAAACUAUUAAGAUAUUGUAAAUAUUAGCCUAUAAUUUAUUUAUCUAUGAAUGAGAGAAGAAGAGCGAAUGUACGAGUAGGAUAAAAAAAAAAUAACACAGAAAUAGAAAAAAUACAAGGAUAUGAGCGUCUCUGUGUGAAAGUGAACGUUAAAUUCAGUGGAUUGUGAAUGAGCAUUUUAGAUGCUGUCAUGUACCUACUACGAGGACGAAAGGAAUAUACAAUAAAGCAAACAAUGUUUUCAA